GGAACUCAAACUCACACCCUCGAAGCUAAGAAUCCUAACACAUUGCACGAGACUCGAAGCUCUACGUGUCCCUCUGUGUCUUCGGUUCCCGACACUUCUCGCUCUCCCAUUGGUCCUCUGACGGGGCCCAAUCACAACCCCAACUUUAGCUGGACCCGACCCACCUUCUCUGCCACGUUUCCUUGUUCCACCAAUCCCUUCUCUGCGGUGUUCGCCUCACUGUGGCGCACGUGUAUGCUCUCACACGUGUCGCCUCGCCAACCCUAUAAAAUACUAGGUCCUGUCAAGCCACAUUUGGUGCGUUUCUAUUACCUACACAGAGCCGAGUGCUAGAGAUAGAGAGACAGGAAGACAGUGAUGGAUGGGAGAGGAGGGUGCUGUAUAGGAAUAUCGAGGUACGGCGGUGGAGUUUACGAUAUGUCCAAGGUGGAUAGGAUAAUGCUAAGGUUCAGGCCGAUCGCGCCGAAGCCGGUCACCGGAGGAUCACCUUCUGGAGGUCCUACGCCGGAGAAGGCUGACGCGUGCGUCAAAAGCGGGAGAGGGAAGAGAAGGUACGCGAGAGAUUAUAGCAAUAACAAUAAUAAUAUUGUUAACAGCAAGCGGUGCAACAGGAAAAGAAAGGCUUCGCCGGAAGAGAAGGUAGUGACUCUACCGCUACUGCCGGAGGCGCCGGACCGAAGGGAAUCGCCGGAGAGGGUGUCUCCGGGGGAGAAGCUUGACAAGAAGGUGGAGAUGAGAGAAGAACUGAACGGGCUGAGCUUUGAUGGGAAUAAUAAGGUGGGGCAAGGGUUGGGGUUUGGUGGGUUGUCAGAUCGGAUGGCGGCGAUGCCGCCGGGGGUGUGGGUGGUGGGGUCCUGCGUGAUAGUGGAAUGUGUGAUGGACACGUGGGUGGACGGGGAUGGGCUGGGGCGUACAGACGAGGAGAGGAGGACGACUCUGAGGAGGGACACGUGUCCCGGGUUUGUAUCCGACGGUUUGGGUAGGGUGACGUGGACGAAUGAGGCGUACCGGAGGAUGGUGGACCAGGGGGUGGACCCAGCGGGAAAUCAGGGCCACCUGACGGUGUGGUUGGUGUUGAAGGAGGAGACUGCUGUGCCGAGUCUGACGCACUCGGCUUUCACGUGCAGGGUGAGGGUGGUUCAGUACGACACGCGUGGGAAGGAGCGGAGCUCUCUGACGCUGCCUUGUGACGUGUGGAGAAUGGACGGCGGUGGUUUUGCAUGGAGGUUGGACGUUAAGGCUGCUCUCUGUUUGGGUCGGUGACAAGCCAAGCCAUAGCCAAGCUAAACCAAGCCAAGCCGUUUAAAAGAACUAAAGCUUUGGUAGCUUUGCUUAAUGCUUACCUUCGUAAUUGUGAAUAUUUUUAGGCUUUUGAUGUACGUUUUCCUUUUAAGCUUUUGCACUGUUUUUCCACGUUCUUAUCUCUUGCGUACGUACUCCUGUGCGUUGGUUUGAUCAGGUAUAUAUCAUUUGUUCUUCGCUGAGUGUGAACAUUUUUGGACCGUUGAUCAUCUACGUUAAUUUGCUUUUCGCCUUCUUUCUA